UUCUAUUUCAAAAAGCAAGAAAAUUAUAAUCUAGAGAGAGAGAGAGUUAGAGAGAGAAUAUUGACAUAAAUAUCCAAUCUAGGAAUUAGCUUAAAUAUUGGAUUAAUGGAGAGAUGUUCAUCAACAAUGGUGUUUAGUGUGGAGUCAGAAAAGGGAGUUGCAUCACCUUUCUUGAGCAAAACAUAUGAACUAGUGGAUGAUUAUGAGACUGAUAAUAUUGUGUCAUGGGGUGAUGAUCAUACCACUUUUAUUGUUUGGAAACCCUCUCAAUUUGCUGCUCAUCUUCUUCCUAAUUACUUCAAGCAUAACAACUUUUCAAGCUUUGUUAGGCAGCUUAAUACCUAUGGAUUCAAGAAAAUAGUCACAGAUAGAUGGGAAUUUGCAAAUGAAUAUUUUAGAAAAGGUGCAAGACAUUUAUUAUCAGAAAUCCACAGAAGAAAAACCUCAAAUCAUCACCAAAUAUAUCACCAACCAGAAGAAACUUUUAUUUGGAAUAUUAAUCAAAAUAUUCCAUUUCAAUCUCCAAAACCCGCUACUCAUGAUCAUAUCUUAAGAUCACUUUCAGAAGAUAAUCAAAAAUUAAGACAGAAAAAUUACAUGUUAUUAUCAGAACUUUCUCACAUGAAAAGCCUAUACAAUGAUAUUAUCUACUUCAUUCAAAACCAUGUAAAACCUACUAAUUCUAUGCCUAAUUAUAGUAAUUAUUACAAUAAUAAGAUUAUUACAGAAUUAAUGGGAUCUUCAUGUGAUCAAGAUCAACAUCAAAGUGAGGAGGAUUCGAAUAGUGAAGUUAAACUUUUUGGAGUUGCUCUUAGUGGGAAGAAGAGGCUGCAUCAAGAAGUUGUAAUUGAUUGAUUAUUUGUAGAGUCUUGAUUAAUUAGCUUAAUCUAUUGUAAUUUUUCUUUAAUUUCUAGGACUAAUUUGUAACAAUAAAAGAGUUCUAUAUAUGUAGAUAUGUUGAUGAACUAGCUAGAGUUGGUGAUAA